AUGGCCCAACAUGAAGGAGAGCCAUUGGUCUCCUCCCUGUGGACGAGGUCAUUGAUCGUACGCAACCUUCUCCAAGCUCCUCCCGAACACCCACUAACAGCUCACCAGUCCGGCGCCAUCGCAGGCCUUACAGUCGACUGCUCCCUGUAUCCCCUGGACACCAUCAAGACCCGCCUCCAAAAAGCCCGCGACCACACCGCACCCCAAACCCGCGUUUCCCUACGCCAAACCUUCCGCGGCAUCUACGCCGGCCUCCCAUCCGUCCUCUUCGGCUCCGCCCCCUCUGCCGCCUCCUUCUUCAUAGUCUACGACGGAGUCAAGCGCUCUCUCCUCCCUCCGCAAACCCCCGGCACCCAACCAAACCCCCAAUCCCGCACACACAUAAUCUUCACCCACUCGCUCGCCUCCUCGCUCGGCGAAAUCGCCGCAUGCGCCGUCCGCGUCCCAACGGAAGUAAUCAAACAGCGCGCUCAGGCCGGUCUUUUCGGCGGCUCCAGUCUCCUCGCCCUAAAGGACAUCCUCUCUCUCCGCCACGCUGCGCCAUCCACAACCGCCUCCGGCACCGCACAGCGCGGCUAUGGCCAGGUCAUCCGCGAGCUGUACCGUGGCGCGGGUAUCACCAUCGCCCGCGAAAUCCCCUUCACCGUGUUGCAAUUCACGAUGUGGGAGUCCAUGAAGGAAGCAUACGGCAAGCGGUAUCUCAGAUCUGCAGAGACGGCCUCGUCUAUCGUCGAGACGCAGAUCCCGGCUUCUACGAGUGCGAUGUUCGGUAGUGUGGCUGGUGCUAUUGCGGCUGGUCUGACGACGCCGUUGGAUGUUAUCAAGACGCGGGUUAUGCUUGCAAGGCGGGGUGAUGGUGGUGUUGAAGCGCCGGUAAGAGUCAAGGAGAUUGUGCGUGGGAUUGCGCGUGAAGGACCUGGGGCUUUCUGGAGGGGGAUUACGCCGCGUGUGACGUGGAUUGGAAUUGGAGGGGCGGUUUUCUUGGGGAGUUAUCAGUAUGCGUCGAAUACGCUUGAGGGUCGGAGGGAGGUUGUGGAGAAGGGGAUUUGA